AUGGAUUUCCUUCAAUCCCAACUCCGAUACAUCAAUUCCCAAACAGAGGAAUCGGCUCCGAUCGACAAGUCCCGAAUAGCCAAGGACAUUCUUCUCCAAGCCGGCCUAAUCCUCUUCGUCGUCGUCGCCUUCCUCACCAUCCACAACAUCCCCCAGAAGCUCUUCGCUAAACUCCGGUACCGCUUCCGUAACAAAACCGCCGCCCGGGCCAAGCGCCACUUCGUCCUCGGGGCCCAGCUCCUCGCCCAGUCCCGAUCCGCCGACUCCCUCGCCUCCUCCGCCUCCCUCUCCCAGCAGGCCCUCGACGAGGCCGAAAAGGCCAUCGCGCUCGUCCCCAAGGACGCCGCAGCCCACAUCCUCAAAUCCCUCGCCCUCGACGCCCAGGGAUUCAAGACCUCCGCACUCGACGCCAUCGAGGUCGCGCUGUCCCCUCUCUGCCGCAAAAGCCUGACCGACGAGGAGCGCGGCGAUGCGGUCGUCAAGAGGGCGGAGAUCAUGCUGUCGAUGAACCGGAAAGCCCAGGUUGACCCGGUGAUCGAGGAUUUGAAUCGGGCUGUGGAGCUGAGUCCGGAGAAUGUGAAGGCAUUUUGUACGUUGGGAGAGUGCUACGAGGGGAAGAAGAUGACGGAGGAGGCCAGGAAGGCUUACGAGGCGGCGCUGAGGGUACAGCCCAGAUUGAAAGCCGCCAUGGACGCUCUCGAACGACUCGGUUCGAGUUAG